ACAAAACCCAAACACCGCCCCCCCUCCGCCUCCUGACGACGCGGUCGGAAAAAAAAGAUGCCCCGCGUUCCAAUGGGGAAGUGGAGUCUCCCGGCGGAUCCCGGAUGCCGUCGGAGGUGGCUGCGCUGAGCUGAGGAGCCGCUGCUAGAGGCCGCGCGAGAGACCUUGCCGGGCGCUCUUCUCUUACGCGGCGGGGGCAGCAAGAGCAGCAUUGGCCGGGUCGAGGGAGAAGAGGCAGAGAAGGACCCGGCAGCAGCAGCAGCGGUCGCCUCGCCUUGAAUUUGCAGCGUGCUUGGGAGCUCUCGCCAUGAGCAGUCCUCGGGCGGCGGCGGCGGCAGCGGCAUUUGCUACUACUACCGCGGCGGCAGCAGCAGCCACAGCAGCAGCACCGCCCCCCUCUUCCAAACGGCUCCUGUCCUCUCCCCCUGGCAUCUGAAGCAGCUCCUCCUCGGUGCAAAACCUUGCCUGACCUGCUUGCUCUUCAUCAUCAUCAUCAUCAUCAUCAUCAUCACCAUCAUCAUUUCAAUUGUUUUGCCUCCGGGGGCUCUGAAAAAUCUGACCUCCCGGGAGAGCAGAAUAAAGGCUGCUCGCUCAGUGGGUGAAUAUUUUAAUUUUGUUGAAUGAACUGCAUAUACUUUCAAUUUUUACAAGCUGUUUUGUUUUGUUUCUGAAGCCUUUUGGGAAGGACGGUUCAUUCCCUGUGUGUUGCUUCUUUCCAGCUGAUUAGCUUUUUGCAAAAGGUUUCGUUUUGGAAGGGCUCUGAAAAAAAGACACACACAUCCACCCCAGAACCAUGGGUCUGCCUGCCUUAGAAUUUAGUGACUGCUGUUUGGACAGCCCUCAGUUCCGAGAGAGGCUGAAGUCUCACGAAGCUGAACUGGACAAGACCAACAAGUUCAUCAAGGAGCUCAUAAAAGAUGGGAAGUCGCUCAUUGCAGCCCUUAAGAAUCUGUCUUCAGCAAAGCGGAAGUUUGCAGAUUCUUUGAAUGAUUUCAAAUUUCGAUGUAUAGGAGAUGCAGAAACAGAUGAUGAAAUUUGCAUAGCAAAAUCCCUGCAAGAGUUUGCUGCUGUUCUUAGAAAUUUAGAAGAUGAGCGCAUGCGCAUGGUAUGGACUUUGUGUAUGCAAAAUAAUAUUGAGAAUGCUGGUGAGGUCUUAAUCACACCUCUGGAGAAAUUUCGUAAGGAGCAAAUUGGUGCUGCUAAGGAAGCCAAGAAAAAAUACGACAAGGAGACAGAGAAAUAUUGUGGUGUGUUAGAAAAGCACUUAAACCUGUCUUCCAAGAAGAAGGAAUCCCAACUUCAAGAGGCAGACAGCCAGGUGGACCUGGUUCGACAGCACUUCUAUGAAGUCUCCCUUGAGUAUGUCUUCAAAGUACAAGAAGUUCAAGAGAGGAAGAUGUUUGAGUUUGUGGAACCACUGCUGGCAUUUCUGCAAGGGCUAUUCACAUUCUACCACCAUGGCUAUGAGCUUGCAAAGGAUUUCAGUGAUUUCAAGACGGAGCUGACAAUUAGCAUACAAAAUACAAGAAAUCGCUUUGAAGGAACAAGAUCAGAGGUUGAGUCCUUGAUGAGGAAGAUGAAGGAGAAUCCCCACGAGCACAAAAACAUCAGCCCUUUCACAAUGGAAGGAUAUCUCUAUGUCCAGGAAAAGCGUCAUUUUGGAACAACAUCCUGGGUGAAGCAUUAUUGCACAUAUCACAGUGAAUCUAAACGAAUAACUAUGGUGCCUUUUGACCAGAAGUCUGGCGGAAAGGGGGUGAGUGAAAAUGGAGAUGAUGAAGCCAUUAUUCUCAAAUCCUGCACACGUCGAAAAACUGAUUCCAUAGAGAAAAGAUUUUGCUUUGAUGUAGAAGCAGUGGAUCGGCCUGGAGUGAUCACAAUGCAGGCGCUUUCUGAAGAAGAUCGAAGGCUCUGGAUGGAGGCCAUGGAUGGCCGGGAACCGGUCUAUAACUCGAACAAAGACAGCCAAAGUGAAGGCACUGCCCAGUUGGAUAUUAUGGGCUUCAGUAUUGUCAAGAAAUGCAUUCAUGCUGUUGAAACAAGAGGGAUCCACGAGCAAGGACUCUAUAGAGUGGUUGGUGUCAACUCCAGAGUUCAAAAGCUAUUGAGUAUUUUAAUGGAUCCCAAAACCGCCGAAACAGAAGAUGACAUCUGUGCUGAGUGGGAGAUUAAAACAAUCACCAGUGCACUGAAAACAUACUUAAGAAUGCUCCCUGGACCACUCAUGAUGUAUCAGUUUCAAAGAAGCUUCAUCAAAGCAGCAAAACUGGAGAAUCAAGAAUCUCGAACCUCGGAGAUCCAUACCUUAGUACACAGGCUUCCUGAGAAAAAUAGGCAGAUGCUCCAUUUGCUCAUGAAUCACUUGGCAAACGUUGCUCAGAACCACAAACAGAAUCUAAUGACUGUCGCAAACCUGGGGGUUGUUUUUGGACCAACGUUAAUGCGGCCGCAAGAAGAAACGGUUGCUGCGAUUAUGGACAUCAAAUUCCAAAAUAUUGUGGUUGAGAUUUUAAUUGAAAACCAUGACAAGAUAUUCAACACCGUUCCAGAUACACCACAAUCAAAUUCUCAGCUGCUUUUGUCUCGAAAGAAGAGUACAGAUUCCAAGCCACCAUCAUGCAGUGAGAGGCCCUUAACUCUCUUCCAUACUGUGCAGCCCAGUGAAAAGCAGGAGAACAGGAACAGUAUCAUCAACUCCAGCCUGGAAUCAGUCACAUCAUCAAACAUCAACAGUUUCCUCCAUUCCAACAGCACUCCUCAGUCUAACAUGAACUCCAGUGACCCUGACUUAGAAGUUAUUAAACCCAACAGGCCAAACUCACUCCCUCAGAAUCCAAGUCCAACGUCACCCCUUUCACCGUCCUGGCCUAUGUUCUCCGCACCAUCCAGCCCUAUGCCCACCUCCUCUACGUCCAGCGACUCAUCCCCCAUCAGUUCUCCAUUCCGCAGAGCCAGAGCACUCUAUGCUUGCAAAGCAGAGCACGACUCAGAACUCUCCUUCACUGCAGGCACCAUAUUUGAUAAUGUUCAUCCAUCUCAAGAGCCUGGCUGGUUGGAAGGAACCUUGAAUGGAAAAACAGGAUUGAUCCCUGAGAACUAUGUGGAGUUUCUAUAACUAUGGACCCAUUCACACACAACAUUGCUGAGCUUUACAUGGUAUCCAUGACAACUGCCGAUUAGAGUAUUGUAGAUCAUUUGCUGUUUGCCACUGUGAAAAGAAAGGUGAAGGACUCUGGUGCCUGUUCAGAUGAAUGUUUAUGUAAAUAAUGUAUGUUGCUCCUUAUGUAAUGCAUUGUUUGUACAAAGACACUGCAGGAAAUGGUGGAUGUGAAAGGGGGAGGGGGAGGAACUUCAGCAUAAAUUGUUCCGCUCUUCUACAAAAGGUGUGCACCCACUUUCUAAAUUGUGUUUUGUUUUAGAGGGCACGAUAUUAGCAAGGUGUGUGUGUAAAUGUGGCUUAAAAUGAAUGCUUGAUACCAAGCCCCACUUAACUGGAAUUACUUGCACAAAAUCACAAAAAGUCAUUGCGGGUGCCCUCUCGGGUAACACCCAGGGAAUGCUAGAUGAACAAAAAUUAGACCCCCUGCACUUUCCUCUAGCUGGCCAAAAUAAACCUCCAAUUUGCUUGGAGGAAACCAUGUCUGUUCCUUUUAUCUUCAGAAGGUGAAAAUAAUGUUUAUGUACAUCAACACUAAUGGCUUUCCUCUGCAGAGAUUAGCCAUCCUGGACAGCAAUCAACACAUAAAUAAUUCCAAUAAUGAGAACUGCUUCACUACAUAGACCAAAAACAAUACAGCAUUGCAUUACAGUAAUGCUUUUAACUUUUUAAUGUCCAAGCAAGACACACAACAGAAUCUGAAUGUUUUUCCAGAGUGUGUGUAGCAACUGUGAUCCCAGAAAAUAUCCAUCAGCAAUAUGAAGGAUAUAAUGUUUUGGACCAAAGUUCAUAAAGGCUUUUUUAAAACAACAACAACAACAGAAUGGCUAAGACUAAAAUAUCUGCAAUCUCUUCAAACAGGAAUUUCCUUCUUAAAGGUCAAGGAGUCGCUUUUGUAGAAUAGCACAUAGACUGACUUGCUGUCCUUCUCUUGUCACUUACUAGCACAAAUUUGUAGAAACAAGCAUCCAAAGCCUAUUGUGCACUUGGGCAUUUCUUAUUUCUUUGAUGUGGGCAGCUUCUGUCACUCAUAGCAAUACUUUCUGUCAUUAUGUCCCUUGCUUGCUUUGUAGCCUGGUGUGUGUGUGUGUGUGUGUGUGUGUGUGUGUGUGUGUGUGUGUGUGUGUGAUACACGGGGCAGGGAACCUUUAGCAUUAAGGAUGCCACUGAAUUACAACUAUCAUCCCUGCCCAUUGGCAACAUCUCAAGAGCCACAGGUUCCCUUCCCCUCCUCUACACAGUAACCUACCUUAGAAUUUUGUAUUUAUCGUGCAGUUGAGUGAAAAAUCUGGAAAACACACAUAUAUGAAGUAUUAGGAUUGAUGUUUUCACCUAUUCAUUGCUGCCUUUCAGUAAUGCCUUUCUCAGUGAAAUACCUGUUUUGGGAAAGAUGCACCCUUUUCCUAAAUUGCUCUCAAGUUGCUUUGCAUAUUGUCUGCAUAGCUGUAGAAUUUUACACUUAAUGACAUGAUUUGAAAGCCAAACUUUGCAGAUACCAUGCUUCUUCUUCUUCUUUGCUUUAAAAAGAAAUAGAAAGUUUUGACUGUGUUCAGAUGAAAUUGAAAAGUUGGCCCACUUGCAGAAGUAGAAAAACUGGCACUUCCUGGUGAAUCGUGGUUCCCCUGCCCCACGCCCCAGCUGCUGUACUAUCAUAUUUCAGUGGCCAUAGACUUCUUAUGCUUUAAAAUGUUUGUGUGCUUUUUUAAUUUAAUCUUAAAUUCUUGAGUGUUCACAUUGCUGUAUGUUUCACUGACUGUUUUGAAUUUGAGAUGUAAAUAUGAUGAUUUGAAAUAUUGUGAAGUAAAGUUUUAUAUAUUCUGAUUUUUAACAGAAGUGUAAUAAACUAGGUAUUCAGUCA